UUUAUUGUUUGAGAUCGAAAAUGUCUAAUCAUAAUGAAAAAUCUAGCAGCUCAAGUUCUUGUCCGCAUGCAAAUAAUGGUGGAGGAUGUCCUGUUGCAUCUAAAAUGGACGAAAUUGAUCCUUUGAAUGCUAUGCCCCGUCCGAAUCAACAACCUGCUCCUGAUCAACCUUUCUCUUUGUCUACAGAUCGAGAGAAGUCCACAAUUCCAAAGGCAAGUGAAUGCACAAAUGAAAAAAUUAUUACUUGGGAAUAUCCUUCUCCUCAAAUGUUUUGGAAUGCUAUGGUUAAAAAAGGUUGGCGUUGGAGAGAUGAACAGAUCAAUCAAAAAGAUAUGGAAAAUAUCAUUCAAAUCCAUAAUGCUAACAACGAACAUGCAUGGCGAGAAGUUCUUAUGUGGGAAAGAGCCCUUCAUCCGGAAUGCAGCACUCCAAAGCUUAAAAGCUUUCACGGAGACGCAAAAAACUAUUCGCCAAGAGCUAGAAUUCGUGGUUGGUUAGGUUAUCAAAUGCCUUUUGAUCGUCACAAUUGGUUGGUAGAUAGGUGUGGAGAUGAUGUGACGUAUAUAAUUGAUUAUUAUGAUGUGGGUAGAGUAAAUCCUGAGACAAAACUUUUUACUCAAUUGGAUGUUCGACCAGCAAUUCGUGAUUGGGAUUCUCUUUGGUGUAGGACGGUUGUUGGAUAUUGGAGACUCAAAGAAACUUUUUCGCAAUGGUGGAAUAGAGGACGUGAUCGAUUAGAGUAA